GGAGUAGUUUUGACGUGUCCCUAUACCUGUGAGGGGGAGGGCUGGCCUGCUCUCUGCUGCAAUAUGUAAACAUGUCACUGUACUAGGAGAGGGAGAAGGGGGCUGGGUACGGAUCGCUGCUGCUUCUGCCGCCGCCACCACUGCUGCAGUGUGCAGGAAUGACCUUACCCUGAGCUGCACGCAGGAAGUGAUGAAACAUGCACACUGAGCAUUCUGCCUGCAGAUUGAAAGGUCAAAGAAGCCGUGCAGGAGGACGCAGGUACUUGCAAGGUUCCCGAUAACAAUGCACAGAGAUCUCCCUGUCAACACCAGCAGCCUGCUUUGACUGUUCAGUAGAGAAGACGUUGGACUAUUGUAGGACUAUCUCUGUCUUGCUCACCUCUGCAUUCCCUCUUCGGACAUCAUGUCUGGAAACUACGAUGAUUCGCUCGGAGUAGAAGUGUCAAGCGACAGCUUCUGGGAGAUUGGUAACUAUAAGCGCGCAGUAAGGAGGAUAGAUGACGGCCACAGACUGUGCAAUGAUUUAAUGAACUGUAUCCAUGAGCGGGCGAAGAUUGAAAAGGGAUACGCCCAACAGCUCACAGAAUGGUCCAAGAGAUGGAAGCAACUCGUAGAGAAAGGCCCACAGUAUGGCACAGUGGAGAAGGCUUGGAAUGCACUGAUGACGGAAGCAGAGAGGGUCAGUGAGCUUCACCAUGAGGUGAAAAACGCUCUGAUGAAUGAUGACUUUGAAAAGGUGAAGAAUUGGCAAAAAGAAGCCUAUCACAAACAGAUGAUGGGAGGCUUCAAGGAGACCAAAGAAGCUGAAGACGGUUUCAGGAAAGCACAAAAGCCAUGGUCAAAGAAACUCAAAGAGGUGGAAGGGGCCAAGAAGGCAUAUCAUGCUGCAUGCAAGGAGGAGAAACUGGCCAUCUCCCGGGAGACCAACAGCAAAGCCGACCCUGCCCUCAACCCGGAGCAGCUAAAGAAACUCCAGGACAAGGUGGAGAAGAGUAAGCAGGACUCUCAGAAGACCAAAGAAAAGUACGAGAAGACUUUGAAGGACCUGGACGGUUCCACCCCACAGUACAUGGAGAAUAUGGAACAAGUGUUUGAACAAUGUCAGCUGUUUGAGGACAAGAGACUGCGUUUCUUCCGUGACUUGCUGCUGGAUGUUGAGAAACACCUCGACCUGUCCAACCUGGAAGGCUAUCCCAGCAUAUACCGAGAUCUAGAGUAUGCAAUCAAGUCAGCCGACGUUCUGGAGGACCUCAAAUGGUUCAAGAACAAUCACGGUCCAGGAAUGACCAUGAACUGGCCGCAGUUUGAGGAUGAAGAGUGGUCUGCUGACCUAAACCGUACUCUAAGUAGAAGAGAAAAGAAGAAGCCGGGAGAGGGGGUGACCCUCACUGGCAUCAGCCAAGCCGGGGAGCAGUCUGUCCCGAAUAAACACAGCAGCCAUCUUAGCGUGCAGUCAGUACAGUCCACACAGUCGAGUAACAAUCCCUUUGAAGACGAGGAGGAGACCAGCAGUAUCAUUGAGAAGGAGGACAGUAAAACUAAAAAUGUUAGCAGCUAUGAGAAGACUUAUCCCACCGAAUGGUCUGAUGACGAAUCCAACAAUCCCUUCACCAGCAGUGAUGCCAACGGUGACAGCAAUCCCUUUGAUGAAGAAACUCCUGGCGUAGUGGAGGUCAGAGUCCGGGCGCUGUAUGACUAUGAAGGUCAGGAGACGGAUGAGCUCAGCUUUAAAGCCGGUGAGGAAUUUACAAAAAUCGAAGAUGAGGAUGAACAGGGUUGGUGCAAAGGUCGUCUGGAUGGUGGGCAAGCGGGCCUGUACCCUGCAAACUACGUGGAGCCAGUACAGUGACAUUUGAGCCCCUUCCCCUUCCCACCUCUAGCGUGCACCUAGUUCUCGUUAUAACCUGUAAUCUGUUCACUGGGAGUUCAAUGCAACAUAACCUGUAUAUAUUACUAUAUAAGGAAGAUAUGGUUGACUCUAGGAAUGACUUAACCUACAUUCAGUAGAACUGGGAAUCUUGAUGUUUUUGAUUUUAACCUUUUUUUUGUCUUUCCCUCCCAUUUUUCAAAGCCAAGGCACUGUUACUUUACAGUAUCAGUCUUUUGUUUUGAAAAGGGCCCAUUGCAAUUGAAUGCAAAAUCAGCACAUCGAGGAAGCAACAGUCCUGCUUGUUUCUUGCUGUAUUAUUUUUCUUCUUUUUUUGUUCGAUUUAACAUUUUUAUUGGUCGCUGUUGUGGACAGUGCCUUGCAUUGAUCCUGCUCGUUCACUUCUCAGUAUGAUUUGUUGGAAGUGACCUUUUCUGUAAUGUGGAUUAUAUAUUUUUUUAAGCGUUGCAGUUCUGUAAUUUUUUUUUCUUUUGUUUUUAUGAAAAUGUUUGACUUUUAUUUAAAGGUGGGCGGAAAGUAAUUUUUGUUUUUGUUUUUGCUGCGGAAGGGCAAAGGUUUAGAUGCUCGAUUUGCAUUAUAAAGUAUACAUUUUUGUGCUCCUGUUUUAUCUUUUAAGGCAGCCGCGUGUCUCCUGUAGGCAAAGCGUUGGCAGCCCAGCUUUAGGUAAUAGUAACGAUAGUGUUGUAUUUAUCAAAGUCUGUUACAGGAAAUUGUGGCAGACCUUCUAAUCCUAAUGCUGGGUUUACAUCAUCAAGGAGGUUAUUUAUUUAUUUUUAUUUUCCCAGUUUGGCAGCCAGAAGUGGCUUCUGUACAUAAAAUUAUCAAGUUGCCCUUUUUAGCGAUUUUUCAUUUUUCCAAUUUGUGUUCUGUCGUUGUUUCAGCAUAUUCAUGUUUCAAAAUAAAGUCCUGAUAGAGUAAUCCCGGUCCUUAAAUGACAUCCGCUGGUGAAACAUUCCCUGGU